GCUUUUCAGAUGAAAUUCAAUCCCUUCGAUAAGGCAAAACAGUCUUGAAUCAACCAAAUUCAGUCUAGAAAAUGUCCACGUUAUAGUUCAUUCACGUUUUAAAUUCAUCCGAAUCGGCCAAAUGCGAAAACAACCACAUUCAAAACAUGCACAAAGACAAAUAGAAUGCAUUGGAAUUCAUUAAGCUAAGUCCAGUCGCUUGAUAAAUGUUGGAGUGUGUGAACAGUGAACACAAGAAACCGAGAGUUAGUCAAUAGUAAACAAUGGCGUUGCGCGAAUGAAUCAUUUGCUGAAAACGUCUCGAAUCGACUGAACAGAUUUUUUUGUUAACAUAUUUGGAUUGGCUGUGCGAAUGAUACGGUGACUCUAGCAAAAUUUACACCGUUCGUCCGGAGUUAUUCAGUGCAAAUUAGAAAGUGUAAUAUGUUGAUUUUAAUUUUGUGAUCAAGCCAUUUGGAAGAUAAAAAGUGAAUGAAUAAGACAAUAUUUAACUUGGUCUGAGCAUCGACAAGGACUAUCGAAAUCAAAAUUGAAAUGUCUUGUAAUUAUGAUUGAAUGAAAAAAAGUGGUUGUAGUGUUCAUUGCGCACAACAAGUAAAGUGACUGCAAGAAAGUCGAAACCUUAACUGAGGACGUACACACGAGUGACGCAAUCACAAAAGUAUCGAGUAGAAACUAUUACCUAGUGAUAAAACAGGGCUCAUCAGAUUUAAUAGCAAGCGAUGGAUAAAUGUGGUGAAGAGCAAACGCCAGUUCCGGUGCCAAAACCACGACGCCAUAACAACAAUACCGAUGCCAAUCUCAACAAUAAGCUCGCCUAUGAAAAUGUAUCGAUCGAUUUGAUAAACAAAAACAUCAACAUCAAAGAUGAAAAUAUACAGAACAAUUCCAAAAAUAAACUCCAGACGAACAAAUUGUUCUUGAUGGCAAACACGUCAACGACUUCAAACAACAAUACAGACACCACACCAGGCACACAAAUUUUAACCAAUUUAAAUGAUUUGGCAAAUGCUCCGUCGAAAAAUCAGAAAAAUGCUGCCAUUCAGCUGGAUGAAGUGAAUAAAUUGAGCAAUAUAUACAAUGACGAUGAGAAUGUGAAUGUGAAUGUGAAACCAGUGCCAGCUCCGCGACGCCCAAACGCCACAAGCGGUGUGAAACAAUUCAAUUGCACUCCAUCGACGGGGGCCAUCAAUAAAAAACCCACCACCAUUGAUAUCAACGAUUUCAUUGAAUCGCCAAAAGCAAAAACAAAAGCGAAACAUGGUAAAACUUCGGGAAGCUACAGUUUUAUGGAUGAUGACGAAUGUGAUGGCAACAGCGAUGAUCCGCCGAAGAAGUUCAGCUUGAAGAAACGUCUGUCAAAUAGUUCUUUGAGCUCAAGUGGCAGCUCAAUGACUGAAGGAAGUGGCUUGAAAUAUAGUUCAGCGUCGCCUGGGCAUUUGCUGAAGGCGAUCGGAAACACCUCAAAACUGCUUACCGAGUCCAUAACCGAACGAGUUACAACUCGAACCAAGGAUGCCAAACAUAAAAUCGAACAAAUCCAAAAGUCGUCACGCGAUCGCCUGGCUGAAACCACUAAAUCGGCUACUAAUAAAUUGAAAUCUGUGCGCAAAAAUCUUCAUAGCACGCUGGAGAUGACACAGAAUUUAUCGCUUGGACGAAAGAAAAACACGUCAACGCCAAAUAAAAAGGAUGGCAAAUCCAAAGAGGCCGUGUUUCAUUUAGACAGAGUGCAGUCGGUGCCGGUGAACGAUGAACUAUUUUCCUCGAUAUCUUUUAAUAGCCCGUUAAAUAGCAAAACUAACAAAUGUUCCAACAUUAAUACGGCUGAAUCUUCAUAUGAAAUUCCUAAAAGUAUCAGAUCUUUUUCCAGCGAUUCGAGCGGACUGAGCGAAAUCGCAGCAAAUAAACCACUGCCAUCGAUUCCACCACCGUCUUAUGAAGAAGUAUUGAAAGAGGAUGAGAAAGCAAAUAACGAUCGACCAAAUCCGACCGCACGAACACGAAGAAAAUCGAAAACAAAUUCAAAUGUGUAUGAGAAUCAUACAAUCAAUGUGCCGAAGAUAAAAGUUGAAGCCGAUUUCAAAACAAAUUCAUCCGACGAAGAAGAUGGGUAUUCGUUGCCUUGUCCGAAUUUUCCGGCGCCAGUAUUGGAAGUGAAGGAGGGCAUCUAUGGUAGAAUCCGAUCAAAAGACCCCGACGAUAACGCUGAUGAAGCGGCAGCGUCAACAUCAAUGCAACCACCUUCUCGAUCGAGACGACGAAAAGAAGAUACCCAGCCCGAUGUCAAAGAAGAAAUCGACGGAAUGAACUCAAAUCGUGCCACUGCCGAUUCAAAUGAAUUUCCCCUGGAAGGAAAAUACUCCAAACUCUUGGGCGGUGAAUUAUCUGAAGAUUUGAGUGAAAAAUUGAAAUUGGACGAGAGUGAAAUUUUAACGCCGAGUCGAAGUGAAUCGUGGUCGUACUACGAUGGCAACAGUGAUGAUUCAAGUUCAUCAGAGCCAAUUUAUGAGAAUGAGCGGGAACUGAAAUCGAAAAUGGCAGCUGAAUCGUCAGAACCACUUUAUGGUGUUUUGUACAACAGUGAAUCGCUCAAUAUGUUGACUCCAGUGGCAGCGGCUCGGAAGAGACGAUCACAAGGCACUUCAGAUCAGUAUGCGGUUGUGAAUAAAAGUCCUGAUCUACGGCUACGAAAUGGGAAUGAAACAAAGGACAUCCUAAAGGAAUUCGAUCCUCUUGAUCGAAGAACGUUGGAUAAAAUUCUGGCUAGCAAAAGUAACGAACUGAAGCUUCUAGAAAGCAUUUUGGGUAGCGAAACUUAUGGAAAUUGUGCAGACGAGAGUAACUAUGAGUAUCACAGCAAUGAAACCUCGGAUGGUGAUGACCCCGAAGAGGUGCCAACGCCGCCUGAGCGGUUGGACUCUCUCAAAGAGUGUGCCAACGAAGAGGCUGAAGAAUCUGGUGAAGGAUCGUCCAAGAAAGACCAAAAUGAUUUAUCUGGUGAAACUCGACGAUCGGUUAUCAUUCAUCAAAAUGUGAAACUGCGUUCGGAUAGCGAUGAAAAUAUCGCUGACGAUGCAAACAGUGCAAGUGGCGCUUCAAAUACCACCGAUGAAACUGUGGAAAAAACUUCAAAUACCCGUUGGUUCUUUAGUUCUCCCUUAAAAAGUGACAGCAAAGCCAAAACAAAAGCCGAUCGAAAAACAUCAAAUCCAUCAAAAUCCAAAGAAGAAAAAACAUGCGUUGAAGAAAUCGCCGAGGUUUUGGAAGAUAAAUCAAUGACACCAAUAUCCAAAACGUCAUCAAUGAAAUCGAUGUUUUCGAAUGUAAUGAACAAAGUCGAAGGAAUCAAGCGAAAAACCAGCUUCCGAAGUAACACGGCUAAAAAUGAUGUGAAAACCGUUCUAGAAAUGAUUCCGCGGCCAUGUUUGACACAACGGCUGAUUUUACACGAAGGCCAUCUUAUUCGAUUGCCAACUGGUGUUGUUGAGGACAUUCUGAAAGAGUUGCACUCUCGCAAAGCAUACAUUCGUGACAAAAAAUUCCAAGCAUAUUUCGACAAAGAUCUGAAAACGCCAAAAGAAAAUAUCCCACUUGAAACGAUUACAACGAUACAGUGUGUUAACAAUCACAAGUUUACUCACAAUUUCGUCGACAUUUACUGCUUUGAAAUCACCACAUCGAUUACGAAGAAGGACGGCAACAAUCUAUCUAAUCCAAAUAUGGUGAUUACAACAAACAACUCCGGAAAUAUCAAAGCCCAACGUGUAUGCCAUUUGUAUGGAGUGGCCAAAGAGUCGGAGCGUUUCCUCUGGAUGCAGAAACUACUGGAGAGUUUGACAGAUACAUUUCCACCUGGAUUCACAAGCAAAUUCUAUCGAGCUGGAUGGUGUUAUUCGAAGAAUUCCAUAACCGCAACAUGGUCUGGUACCUGGGUUCUGCUUCAGAAGGAAAAGCGCCGUCUUCUGUUUUACAACGUUGCCAAUUCAAAUUUGGAAUGCAUGGACCUGAGAAAGGCACGCUGUUUAGUACUUAAGGAAAGCGAUGAUUCCAUUAAGAAUCUCCAUGUUGAAAGCGGACCUACAUUGAUGAUCGAUUGCCCGCCGUAUACGAUUUAUUUCAUUAUGACAUGCUCAAGAGAGACAAAGAUUUGGCGCCACAUCAUCCAAGAAGUUGCACACAACAACGGGCCAUCUUUGAAGGAGCAACAGUUAACGAAGGAUGAUGUUCCUGUUCUUGUCGACAAAUGCAUCAACUUCAUUUAUGCACAUGGUUCAAUGUCUGAGGGAAUUUAUCGUAAGUCGGGCGCCGAAAACUCGAUUCAGAAACUCUUGAAGCAAUUCCGUUCAGAUGCGUACUCUGUUCAAAUCGUUCGAUGUGAUUACACGGAGCAUGACGUUGCCAAUGUAUUGAAGCGAUUUAUGCGUGAUUUGCCUGACCGUUUGUUGGGUCGUUGUUCGUCUAGUUUGAUCAGUGUAUCAAAAAUGACGGGCAACCGUGAGAAAAUUGAAGCAUACAAAGAGCUACUCACACGUUUGCCAUCCAUUGAAUAUCACACUCUCCGGAAGCUUUUGGGCCAUUUGCAUUUCAUUCAAUCGCAAAAAGUUCAAAAUAAAAUGGAUUACUCGAAUUUGGCCAUUGUAUGGGGUCCAACAUUAUUGCAAGAGCAAAACGAUGCACAGCAAGGCUACUCUCAGGACAGUGCUGAUGUUAUUGUUGAUCUGAUUCGCUUCCAUAAGCAUUUGUAUGCAUUGAGUGCGGAAGAGAUAACUAAGGAGCAGCUAAUGUUAGCUGUCCUUCAGAAAUACCAUGCAGCUGCUGAGAAUUUAACCGAUACAAUGAAAAAAUCGGGCGAUUUGAAAGUGUGGAUCACAAUCGACACGAAUCCAGAAGAUGAGAAAGAAGAAAAGCAACAAAUCAACGUCACACUUACACCAACCAAAACGGUCAAUGACAUUUGCAAAGAAUUGGCACCGAAAAUCAAUCGUGAGUCAUACUCGGUGACAUUGAGUGAGAUCAUUUUGAAUAGUACACUUCAACGGCCGCUACAUCAUUCGGAAAAGGUGUUUGAUAUUGUGUUGAAGUGGUCUUAUUGGCCGGAAGCCGAUCGUAAAGAUAAUUUCUUGCGAUUAACCCCAAUGAAAUUUAUGAAAGAAGUUGAACGUGCCUUGAAAGUACUGCCAUCGGUCAUUCCGAACAAAGAGCUUAAGUUUGCUGAUUCACGAACCAAAUCGCUAAAAUCGUAUACGUUAGAGUUGACCGAUCACAGAAUAACGGUUAUGAAAAAGGAGAAGAGCCAAAUCGUCACCGUGAAAGAAAUCGAUUUGUUGCGAACAACUGCAUAUCUGGGCUAUGAAAAGAAACGAUGCUUCCAAUUGAGAUGGGCCAUAACACUCAUCGAUGAUUGCAAUCCGAAUAAUAGAGCGGAGAAGAAAGAGAGAGAUACUCCAUUCAUCGGUCAUAUCAUAGCGGGCACCAAUUCCAAUGAUCAAGUUGUUUGGUAUUCAAGCAUUUUGCACAGCUUAUACAACGAUGAUAUAAUGCCAAGUCCAGAAAUUAUUUUACCAUAAAAGCCAAUUAGCGAAUUUCCCCUUUUAUUUUAAGUUUUUAAACAAAUGUUAACAUUUUUAAAUUCCAUUUUAUCAAUUUUAUUGUAAUUGUAGAUCAUUUUUAUUAUCAUUUCAUAUAUUCGAUGGGCGUAUUAAAUGUUGUUCUAUUAAACCGCAUUUUCUUAUAGAAUGAUUGUGUAUAAACUGUAAACGUUAGAAACUAGAUUUUUUAUAUAUAUAAAUAAUUGUAAUGAAUUUGCACACGAUGUAUGAAAGCAAUUAAAAAAAAUCACAUAUUGCCAUUUUUUACUUUAAUAUAAAUUCUAUACAUUAUGUUUGAGUUUCAUUUGCUCUGGUGAUUGAAGUAAUUUUAGCGAAACAAGAAAUAAAUAGACAAUUUAUUAUUAUUAUCAAAUCA